ACAAGUGAAUCGAGAUAUCCGGACAUUCAGUGUUCAACCGUGUUAAAGUGAAGAUGACCGGAAAAACAGGGUACCUAAAGCACAACGACGGAACCCAGAUUCAGCCAAUUGGAUUGGGCACCUUUGCGUCGACGGAAGGCGAUUGCGAACGGGCCGUUCUUCAUGCGAUUGAUGUGGGCUACCGGCAUAUAGACACCGCCUAUUUCUACGGAAAUGAGGGCGAAGUGGGCGCGGCGGUUCGGAAAAAGAUUGCAGAAGGUGUUAUCAAGCGGGAGGACAUCUUCAUCACCACCAAGCUCUGGUGCCACUUCCACGAACCUGAGAGGGUGGAACACGCCUGUCGUAAGACCUUGGAGAACAUUGGUCUGGACUAUGUAGACCUCUAUCUGAUUCACUGGCCCUUCUCUUACAAAUAUCGUGGUGACAACGAACUGAUCCCUAAAGAUGCCAAUGGAGAGGUGGAGCUCGUUGACAUCGAUUACCUGGACACUUGGCGUGCCAUGGAGAAGUUGAUUGAUCUCGGACUGACUAAGAGCAUCGGCGUUUCCAAUUUCAAUUCGGAACAGCUUUCCCGCCUUUUGGCCAACUGCAAGAUCAAGCCAAUCCACAAUCAGAUCGAAGUCCACCCCGCGUUGGAUCAAACGAAACUGAUUGCCCUGUGCAAACAAAAUGACAUUGUGGUGACCGCGUUUUGCCCGCUGGGUCGAGCAAAUGCCGAACUGAGGACACCCGCCUUCAUGUUCGAUGGGAAGGUGCAGACCAUUGGAAACAAAUACAAUAAAAGCAUUGCCCAAGUGCUGAUCCGAUAUCUGAUUGAACUUGGAACAGUUCCCCUGCCCAAGUCAUCCAAUCCCAAGCGCAUCGAGGAGAACUUCAAUGUCUUCGAUUUCAAGUUGGAUGCUGAGGAUCAUGCUCUUUUAGACUUAUAUCACACUGGCGAACGAGUGGCUCAUGCCCGUCAAGCUAUCAAGAGCAAAUAUUACCCCUUUAACGUUUACAGUGCUUGUUUUUAAUGUUCAAAAAAAUAUAGAGAUUGUUUUGUAUAAUAAAAAAUAUUUAAUUAUAAACAGUA